AUGACGUCGGCCCCUGUCCUUCGUCUCCCAUAUUUCAACCGUAUAUUUUGUGUGGAAACAAAUGCCUCUGACUUCGAUAUCGGUGUUGUUUUAUUUCAAGAUGGUUACCCACUUGCUUUCUUCAGUGAGAAACUCGGUCCCGGGCAUCGCAACGCCUAUACUUACCACAAAGAAUUGUAUGCUAUCGUUGAAGCAGUUCAGAAAUGGAGACCACUAAAUAUUCCACUCAGCGUCGUCCAGCGGGUCUCCUCCAGCCAUUGCAUGUGCCUUCGCAAGUAUGGGGAGACGUUUGCAUGGAUUUCAUUACUGGACUUCCACCUUCUCGCUGUUAUCAUGGUCACUGUGGAUAGGUUAUCUAAAUAUGCUCAUUUUGCGCCCUUGCCUGCUCGAUUUUAUGCCAUAAGUGUCUCUCGAUUGUUCAUCGAUACAGUGGUGAAGCACCAUGGGUUUCCUAAGACCCUUGUUUCCGACAGAGAUCCGAUCAUCCUAAGCUCUACUUGA